AUGUCUGACAACCACAACCAAUCUACAUCUUCUCCUGGCCGUGAUGGAACUCAAUUCCAGGGACCACAACAACCUGGAACCACAGACAGCUCCAAUUCCCCAGAGACCCCAGAAACUAUCACCUUGGAGCAGACCACCCUUUCCCACCAUGCCGAAUACUACAAAGACGUCCAACCACUCACCAGUGAAGAAUUUGACCGUCUAAUGCUCACGCCCGCAAACUUCCGCCGCAUAAUCAACACUUUCAUAGCUCGUAGCAACUAUAUUCAAGCAAAGCUCAUAGACAAUGACUACGAGCCUUCAAUCGCCACUCCACCAGGCGGACCUCGACUUGAGGAGCGCAUCGAAUACGCCCGCAAAUACCGGGCGCUGCGAGAUGCUCUCCCAACUUACACCGCUAACACCCAUGAGCUCGUUGACCCGCCGCUUUUCCACGGCGAGAACGAUAAAGAUGAGGUCGAGUACGAGGAGUGGGUUGCUGCGAUGCGAAAUAAGAUGAACGUCAACAGCGAGAUCUUCGUGAAUGAGGAGAUCAAAAUGGCUUACACGCGCAGUAGGUUAGCGGGCAGUGCUUUCAAAUUGAUGAUGGAUCAGGCGUACUUUAGGCAGAAGAGACCUUUCGAGUCGGCGGAGGAAAUUCUUCGUCAGGCUUCAUUAUGGUGCUAG